AUGACCCUGAUGAUGCCUACGGCGUAUUCUGAAAAGACUGGCCGUCCACGUCGGGACACGCAGGUAUCGACUGCCAACUCAACUAUCUCGAUCAUCGCGAAAGAACACGAUGUUAAUGAGAACGAAGCACAAAAGCAGAAACGCGAAGCGUGGCUUACAGCGCUGGGUUCAUUCCUUAUCUACUAUUCAUCCCUAGGCCUCCUCAAUACCUUCGGCUUUUUCCAGGAAUACUACGAGAACCAAUUUCUCAAAAAUCUCCCUGUAUCGCCAUCCACCAUCUCAUUCAUCGGAACUUUGCAAAUUGCGCUUUCCAACAGUUUAGCUGCCGUCUCCGGUGCUCUCUGCGAUUUCUAUGGUGUUAAGUAUCUAUACAUGGCAUCCGGUAUCAGUCUAGCGACAUCCUUCAUCGGUCUAUCAUUCAGCAAACCCUUAAUCACCCAUCUCUUUCUCAGUCAAGGGCUCUUCAUGGGUACUGCUAUUGCAUUCGGUGCACAGCCCGCUUUCACUGCUGUCACACAGCACUACAACGAGAAGCGCGGGCUGGCGAUGACGAUCGUGUACACUGGCAGCGCAAUCGGUGGGUUAUGCUUCCACCUCAUGUUUACGACUCUUACACCCCGCAUUGGAUUCCCCUGGACGAUGCGCAUAACUGCGCUCAAGAUCCUCGUACUGUUUCGCUAGGUAUGCU